AUGUGCCUUAUUGUUAGACAAGGGCAUUAUAUUGAGAAUGGUCAGGUUGUUGUUAGGAGGACUUAUAUUAUUCCACAGGAGGAUCCUGAAAUAGCAAAGUUUAGAGAUCAAGGCCUCAAAUUCUUACCUGAGAUGGAAUUCCUUUUUAAGGGUACUAUUGCUACUAAUUUUGCAGCAUAUGCACCAUCUAAAGAUUCAAGACAAUAUGAAGGAUUCAAUACAAGAACAAAAGAGACAAAUGAUAGCAUUGAUGAUAACACUGACAUGGAAGUGAAUGAGCCUGAGAUAGACACGACAACUCAGAACACGUCUUUGGCAAAGGAAAAUGGACAGAGGAAGAGAGGAAGAGAGGGUGAUAAAAGAACUGGGGUUGCUGCCAAGCUUUCCUCACAAUUAGAUCGUAUUAUUCAAACAUUUGAAUCUAGUGUAUCUGCUCCAGACCCAACUAGCAUUACUGCAUGUGUAGCAAAGUUGAAAGAUCUACCAGGACUUGAGCAUGGGAGUGAAUUAUUUUACAAAACCACUAAACUUAUGAAAAAAAGGGCAAACAGGAUCACCUUUGUUGCUUUAGAAGAGCCUGAGCUACAACUUGGAUGGAUCAAGUCUAAAACUUAA